GCUCAUGCGUAUGAUGCCUUUUCCUGCCAGCAACAACAGAAACAGCAGCAUCUCGCAUCAUCACUGAGAAGAACUGAGAUUGGAGAGAGAAAGAAAGAAGGAGAUGAUGGUGGGGAGUCGAGAAGGAAAAUUAUGAAAUGACGGGUGAGGGUGUGGGCCAUGUCUGAGCUGUGAAUAGUGGAGGAGAGGAAGAGGAGGUGAGGACUGAAUAGCGGAGUGCGACGCCCCCUGAAGGGCAGUGAUGGGGAACACAGCCACUAAGUUCCGGAAGGCUCUAGUCAGCGGGGACGAGGCGUUGGCAUGGCAACUGUACGAGGGCAACAGCCAGUUCAGAGAGGGGCUGGACCCCAACGCGUCCUACGGAGAGACCUACCACCACAACACACCCCUCCACUACACCUGCAGGCACGCCAUGACACGCCUGCUCAGGUCGUUCCUUUUCAGUAAAGAAGGGAACCCUAACAAGCGGAACGUGCAGAAUGAGACAUGUCUGCAUGCGUUGUGUCAGGGAGCGCACAUCCUGCUGCUGCCAGAGGGGGCACUGUCUCCCAGACUGGCCAGACCACAGAGAGACGAACAACGCAGGGCAGACUGCCUACAGAUGAUCCUGAGCUGGACCGGGGCUAGGCUGGACAGAGGACAGUAUGAAAGGGUUAACAUUAAUGCUACAGACAACAGGAACAGCACCUGUCUACACUACGCUGCUGCUGCUGGCAUGAAGAGCUGUGUUGAGCUCCUGGUCCAGGCUGGGUCAGACCUGUUUGUGGAGGACGAGGAGAAGUUAACCCCGUGUGACCACGCAGAGAGACAGCAGCACACACACCUGGCCCUGCGCCUCGAAGCCAUGAUGGUGUUCUCACAACACACACACACCGAGACACAGACACCCAGCAGCACGCUGCGCCAUAAAGAGCCCUAUGAGGGUUUGAAGCUGCAGGACUUGAGGAGACUGAAGGACAUGUUGAUAGUGGAGACAGCUGACAUGCUGCAGGCUCCUCUCUUCACCGCUGAGGCACUGCUCAGAGCACACGACUGGGACAGGGAGAAGCUUUUGGAAGCCUGGAUGAGUGAUUCUGAGGAGUGCUGCCAGCGGUCUGGGGUCUUGAUGCCCACACCCCCGCCCAGCGGGUGCAAUGCCUGGGACACCCUGCCUUCCCCGCGCACCCCUCGCUCCCCCCUCACCCUAACCCUCACCUCCCUCACUGACAGCUGCCUCACCCCAGGGGAGGAGGGAGGGACUACGUGUGGGAUCUGCCUGUGUUCCAUCUCAGUGUUUGAAGACCCAAUAGACAUGUCCUGUGGUCAUGAGUUCUGCCGAGGCUGCUGGGAAGGGUUUCUGAAUGUGAAGAUCCAGGAGGGUGAGGCUCAUAACAUCUUCUGUCCUGCCUGUGACUGUUACCAGCUGGUGCCUGUUCAGGUUAUAGAGAGUGUUGUCUCCAGAGAGAUGGACAAACGAUACCUGCAGUUCGACAUCAAGGCGUUCGUGGAGAACAACCCAUCUAUCCGGUGGUGCCCGGCAGUGCGGUGUGAGAGAGCGGUCAGGCUGACCAGACCUGGUCCGGGGGUCAACCACCUGGGGUUCCCCCUGCUGCCCUCCCCUGCAGUCGACUGUGGCAAGGGUCACCUCUUCUGCUGGGAGUGUCUAGGUGAGGCCCAUGAGCCAUGCGACUGUCAGACAUGGAGGAUGUGGCUGCAGAAAGUCUCAGAGAUGAAGCCAGAAGAGUUGGCAGGUGUAUCCGAGUCGUAUGAGGAUGCAGCUAACUGUCUGUGGUUGUUAACCAACUCUAAACCCUGUGCCAACUGCAAGUCUCCCAUACAGAAGAAUGAGGGCUGCAACCACAUGCAGUGUGCCAAGUGUAAAUAUGAUUUCUGCUGGAUCUGUCUGGAAGAGUGGAAGAAACACAGCUCUUCAACUGGAGGAUACUACCGCUGUACACGCUAUGAGGUCAUCACACAGCUAGAGGAGCAGUCCAAAGAGAUGACUGGAGAGGCGGAAAAGAAGCACAAGAGUUUUCAGGAGUUGGACCGCUUCAUGCACUACUACAGCCGCUAUAAGAACCAUGAACACAGCUAUAAGUUAGAACAGAGACUAUUGAAAACAGCCAAAGAGAAGAUGGAACAGCUGAGUAGAGCCUUCAUUGGAUGUGAGGGCUCCCCCCCAGACACCAGAUUUAUAGAGGACGGUGUGUGUGAGUUGUUGAAGACACGUCGUGUGUUGAAGUGUUCCUACCCCUACGGAUUCUUCCUCCAGCCUCACAGCACACAGAAGGAGAUAUUCGAACUCAUGCAGACUGAUCUGGAGAUGGCGGUGGAGGACUUGGCUCAGAAGGUGAACCGUCCCUACCUGCGUACGCCGUGUCAUAAGAUAGUCAGCGCUGCCUGUCUGGUACAGCAGAAGAGAGAGGAGUUCCUGGCCUCAGUGGCUAGAGGGGUGGCCCCUAACGACUCACCUGAAGUACCUAGGAGGAGUUUCCCUGCUGGAUCAUGGGACUGGGAGUACCUGGGAUUCACCUCUCCUGAGGAGUAUGCUGAUUUCCAGUACCGGCGGAGACACCGGCCGCGUCGUAGAGGAGACAUGCCGAGUUUGCACAGUCUGAGGAGCAACAGCAGUACUCCUGAGCCCAACCAGAACCCUGAGAAUACAGAGGUCCUCCAGGAGAGAGUUGAGGGGCGGAGACAGCCUCUGAGGUCACUGGAUGAAGAUGACCCCAACAUUCUACUGGCCAUCCAACUGUCACUACAGGACUCACGGAGGGAGAGAGAAAUGGAGAGAGGGAUGGGAGGAGGACUGGAAAGAGGCUCUGGUGUGAUUGAGGGCCCAGGGCUUGGGUCUGGACAGGGUCUGGAUAUAGGGCCAGUAAUGGGUCCAGGGGUGGGGAGCCUCAGUGAGACUCAGGACCCCUCCAGUGUGGGUGGUUCUCUGGGGGCCAGUGGCUCCUCUAACCUCCCUAGACCAGACCCUAACCAGUCGCUAAAUGCUGAGCUGUUAGAGCUAGGAGAAAGUCUGAUGAGACUGGGACAAAUAACUACUCCAUAUACCCUAGACAACACUAAUAUCCCUACGCAAUAUAGCUUAGAUCACACCUACGACCACUACAACCCUUCCCCCAGGUACAGUCAGAGUCAGGACCUUAGCUACACAUCUUAUACAACUGACCACAGCUAUGCUGUUCUGGAACCUGACCUCAGCACACCUUAUACACACGGCUACGGUCACAGCUGUGAUCAUAACCAGGACCACACCACUAUCAACAUUCCCUUCACUCCAGAACACGACCAUAAUUGUGGUCAAAACCAAAACCGUGGCCAUCCCACUAUCAAUGCCUUCUACAGUUCUGUUCACUGCCAACCCAGCCUCUACACUAAAACAUCUCCUUCUCACACAGACCUUACAGCAUCUUCUAGCCCUAAACACACAAGCCUUUACCCCUCAGACCCAGACCAAUAUGCUAUGUUCAGCCUUCCCCAUAACCCUGAACCAGACCAAACCAUCUCUUGCACCCAGGACACACAUCCUGACCAGAACCAUCACCAUUGCUGCCACUCCAGCCACUACACCCCUAACACAGACCCUUACACCUCUAACCCAGACCCUUACAUCCCUAACCCAGACCAUUACACCCCUAACCCAGACCAUUACACCUCUAACACAGACCCUUACACCCCUAACCCAGACCAUUACACCCCUAACACAGACCCUUACACCCCUAACCCAGACCCUUACACCCCUAACACAGACCCUUACACCCCUAACCCAGACCCUUACACCCCUAACCCAGACCAUUACACCCCUAAUCCAGACCCUUACACCCCUAACCCAGACCAUUACACCCCUAACCCAGACCCUUACACCACUAACCCAGACCAUUACAACCCUAACCCAGACCCUUACAACCCUAACCUGGACCCUUACACCCCUAACCCAGAAAACACCUCGAAUCCUGACUCAUGCCGCACUUCCUCAGACCCCCACGGCCUGCUCCCCUCCCCAGACCCAGAACUCCUCUCCCCAGUGAUCCCUCCAGGUGGUCCCUUCACCCCCAGUGACCCGGGCUGCCUGGAGCGCCUGGACCCCUCAGCUGAAGCCCUGCUCCUGGACAACAUCAUGGCCUGGAUCCAACACACACACCCCCAGGACAGCCCCCAGAACAUCGACCUCAUCCCCUCAGCUAGCUCAGAGACUGGCUCACCCACGGAGAAAUACUCACCUCCGGACACAGAGACAGACUCACCCACUGUUUCACCCCAAGAUGGUGGGGACCCAAAGAGUGAUUCCCCUCCUGACGCCCAGGCCAGUUUCAGCGGGGAGGCCCUAGCCGAGCUACGGCAGGCCCAGGAGGGAGAGGCGGGUAGGGGACAGGCUGGCUCUCCCGGCCCUGGAGACAGCCUGGAGGUUAGAAGACCCAUCACUCUGGAUCUGGAGUGUUGUGAGGAGUGUGUGGAGUGUGUAGUCACAGGGUUUGUGUCGGACCUGUCGCAGGACGCAAUGGACACACACAUACACUCACACACACACUGUGGAGAUGACAACCUCACUCCUACCAAGACAGACUCAAGCCCCACCGCCUGGGUAGUGGAGGACCAAUCACGCGCGGAGUGGGAAGAGCAAGUUCACCUGGUGUGACAACAGACAGACAGAUGACAGAGAGCAGGAGGAAGAGAGAAGGAGAGUGGGAGCGAGGUAAUGAUAAGCAGCAGUGACAGAGAGGAGGGAGAGAAAAGCUGAGAGAGAAAAGAGAGGAAGAGAGUGUGAUUAAUAGCAUUAUCAGAGAAAGAGCUUAGGAAAGAUUUGGGGAUGAAAAGCACUUAGAGGAAAGAACAGGAUAAAAGUCUGACAUUAAACAUGGGGUGUCCAUCUGAUUUAACUUGCUGGGCACCGAAAGCUAAUUAGUACAUUUGACCAAGUUCUGGUCAGGUCAUGUGACCCAGGUCUGAUCAGGUCAUGUGACCCAGAUCUGGUCAGGUCAUGCAGUGACCAGAGUUGAUCAGAGCAGAUGAGAUGUGUUUAAAUACAAUCAAAUAUGAGUGACUUUAGUGAUUUUAUCGUCCAUAUCCAUUCCACUACUGAUGGACAGACUAUGUGGUCUCCUCAGCCUAAGACCAGGGCGAGUUGUUUUACUGUUUAUUCAACCUUUAUUUAUCCAGAUCAAAGCUCCAUGACAGAGAGAGAGAGAGGGACUGUGGCAUGGCUACUCUUUAGAAACAGUCCACGGCUGAGUUGAUCAGUGUGCCUCAUUUUUAUUGAGAAUCCCCUUUUUUUCAUAUGGAACCUCAAGCAACGUGCAAAGAAUAGUAUGACUAUUAUUACUACUAUAGGGUUGUUUUGUUUUUGACAAGGUUUCCUUUCCUCUUGAUAUAAGAUGUGUUUUUGGAAGCAGCUGUGGUCUGUGGUCAUAUAUAUCAAGCGUCUCAGAGUAGUGGUGCUGAUCUAGGACCAGGUCCUCCCUGUCUAUUUAAUCUUAUUCGUUAUGAUCUAAAAGGCUCAAUUGAUCCUAGAUCAGCACUUCUACUCUCCCAGGUCUUUGACUAGGUACAGGACAGGAAGCUGUUAUUUUUCUUGUGUUGGUGUUAUAGAGAUGGUUAGCACUGGUAGGAUGAUUAUAAUAUAGUCAACUUUAUAGAGAUGAAUCUGCAGUCUACAAGAGUUUAUAAUAUAAUUUCUAAAAUCAUAUUUAUCUUAUUUAAUUGUAAUAAGCUGCUUAAACAAAGUAGUCAUUGGAUAUAGAAUAACAUUUAGAAAUGCAACCAUGGUUUAACUUAACUGUUGGGUGUAGUGUGCAACCAUCUGGAGUAGUGCACUAGUUUAUAGUAGGGUGCGAUGUGACGUGCGCGGAUCAUACAAAACAUGAAAUGGAACACUGAAGUCUGGAUUUGGAGUGUAUUUUUUUGUACAACACCACUGUUUUAAGUUAAGAUAAUUGUUUAUUUAGUCCAGUUUUAUUCACACUAAGGUUUUUAUUCGAUUUCUUUUUGUUUUCUUUGUUUUGUAUUUUCUUGGUACUUAAUUGAAAGUUUCAAGGCCAGUGGCUGUGUCAUAGUUUGUAACCCAGGCAUCUGAUUUUUAUAUUACUGUACCCUGGCAACCAUAAACCUUGUUGUUAUUUGCACUUUCAUAGGUGAUACUUGAUACAUUCCCAGUCCAUAUGAAAGACAGUGACGUUCGAUGUGUGGCCAAGGAGUGAAAGUAUUAGUAAAACGUUUACUCUCAAUAAAAAAAAAAGAUUUAAAAAAAAUAA